UAAACCAAGGACUGCUUUGGCUGCUAUCAGAUCUCCUGCGUUGGACGUUCCUGUCCUGUUUCUCCCCUUAGUCAUGGAGACACAGCAACCCAAGACCAUGGAGGAUCCCAAAAACAGACAAAAAGAUGCCUGCAAAGCAGGUCCUGCUGUGGAUGCAGAACUAGCCAGCGCCAUAAUGGCGCGGCAGUUUCACCCGCCUGUUACUGGUCCCGAGGUCUGGGAGGGAUACGUCUUUUCUGGUCUGGAGAUCCUCAUCAAAGAGUCCACAGACCUCUAUGGAGCUGUGCUCUGGCCCUCAGCCAUGGUGCUCUGUCACUUCUUGGAGAACAACCGAGACAAAUACAACCUGCUGGACAAAAAUGUGAUCGAACUGGGAGCUGGAACUGGGCUUGUCACCAUCGUGUCCAGCCUGUUAGGUGCUAAGGUGACCUCCACUGACCUACCUGAUGUGUUGGGGAAUCUCCAGUACAAUGUGACGCGUAACACCAAGGGCCGGUGCAAGUACACUCCUCUAGUCACUGAGCUGAUCUGGGGUCAGGAGUUGGAUCAGCGUUUCCCAUGUGCCACUCAUCGCUUCGACUACAUCCUGGCAGCUGACGUGGUGUACGCCCACCCUUACCUGCAGGAGCUGAUGGACACCUUUGAAUACCUGUGCCAGGAAAACACUCAGAUCUUGUGGGCUAUGCGUUUCCGCCUGGAUCUGGAGAACAGCUUCGUGGAUCGCUUCCGGCAGCGUUUUCACUUAGAGGAGCUGUACGACCUUCCCAGUCUGAGUAUCAAGCUGUACCGAGCCUGGAGGAGGGACGGCACGGCCAAGGACCUCAGAGAGGCUGCUAAACACUGAAGGAACUGGAUGGGUUUACUGUGUGUGUUUGUGUUUUUUGAUCAGUCGUGCCUCUGAAGGGUCACAUUGCUCAUAUCCAGUCUUCUCACAGCACUGGUGAUGUGGGAAAUAAUGUUUCUGACAAGCAAGUAGAUUUUCAAUAAGAGGUCUUUUGGUAUGUGACUUCAUGUGUGCAGUGCCAUCAGGUUUUGUCACUGCUGGAAGGACUGGAGAAGCACACAUCUGUGUCUCAUACUAUUUAAGGGUUAAUAAAAUUACACACACUAAUGGUUCUUAUAUAAAAUAUCUUCUGGGGACCAUGAGGAAGGGGGAUGCAACUUGUUCUCUGUCACCAUCCUCCGGUCAGGCUUUAUAUUUUGGGGCUUAAAUGAUACCUACUCUGUACCUCCUUUUUUUUUUUCUUUUUUUCUUUUUUUUUAAUGUUUUCUAUUUUAAACUGUUUUAGAUUGAA